CCACCGUGCCCAUGUUUAACCAUAAAAAUUCCUAGGUUCAAACAAUUCCUUCUUUUCAAACUUGUCCCAUGCAUGUACCCAACUACUAGAUCGUGCUUAGCUAAGAAUUCGUGCCCCAAACCUGACCCUUUCGUCUUCGUUUCUUUGUGACAUCUCUCUCUCUCUCUCUCUCUCUGACCGUUAGAGAUGGCCUCUGCAAGUGUCACAGCUUUUCUUGCAUUUCUUUUUCUGCAUACUCUUUCAGCUACAAGUGAUUUCCUAUCUCCUAUGCUCUCUCCAAUCUAUGAGAACGUCUGCAAAGAAGUGGAAUGUGGAAAGGGAAUUUGCAACCCUUCUAAGAAUAGCACUUUUUUCUUUGAAUGCGAUUGCAAUCCAGGUUGGAAGCAACCUCUUUCUGCUCAUGAUGAGGGUUUGAAGUUUCUUCCUUGCAUUAUUCCCAAUUGUACUCUAAACUCCUCUUGCUCCCAAGCACAUGCUCCUGUUCAACAAAAAACAAGAAAAGCCAAUGAGUCAGUAUUUGAUGCUUGCCACUGGGUUGAUUGUGGAGGUGGCUCGUGCAAUAUGACAUCCUUGUUUUCUUAUAGUUGCAAGUGUGAUGCUGGCUAUUACAAUCUUCUCAAUGCCACUGCCUUACCUUGCUUCAGAGAAUGUGCUCUUGGUUUGGAUUGCUCCAAUCUUGGAAUAUCAAUGACGAAUUCAUCCACAGCUGCACCACCGACAUCAGAUGAGAAUGCUAGCUUGAUUCUACGAGGAAGCUCCCUUUGGCUGCUUAUGCAGAUUAUAUUCGUUGCCAGUAUACAGUUGCAGGAGGACAUUGGUGCAUGGUUUUAGCAGUAUCUAAUUAUAUGGUUUUGUUUUGGUGCACUGGAUGUUCCUAGUCAAUAUGAACAAGGCAGCAGAGAGUUCCAUCGCAUUACAAUUGAGUCAUUAUAUGGUACAGAAAAGAGAUUAUGGCUUAUGACGUACGACUUUCAUGUGUUUUUUGUCUUGGUAUUUCUUUUCUGUUUACAAAUUUUUCCAGAAAAUAUACUUUUGUAGUGUUUUUCUCUACGAUCACAGACAA